UUGGUGGAGCCGGGGAAGCCGGGCCAGGGGGUAUCGUUAGGCCCUGACGCUGCAGGAAGUGGGCGGGGUUCUGAUCUGGGGCGGUCACUUCACCAACUGGGGCGUGACGUGUAGGGGUCAGACCCGCCCUUUCAGUUCCGGUUGGGAACAGGUGCGCUUCCGGCGUCGCCGUUGCCGGGUGACGGUUGGGGCGGCUGCCGUUACGGGCGAAGGCCGCGGGAGCUGGAGCGGCGCCGGCGGGGCGCUCAUCCUGGCGGGCGCGACUUUCCCACGGCGGCCCCGGGACAGCAGGGAAAUGAGUGACAGGAAAGCAGCAGGAAAAGGUGCAGCUCAGAAAGGUUCCAAACCAGCUUCACUGGUGAAGAAAUCAGGAACGGCAUCUAGAAAACCAGCGUUAGGCCAGCAAGCUGAGAGGAAAGGCACAGCUAAGCAAGAGAGCAGCUCCAAGCUCCCAAGGAAAUCUAACAAUAAGCAGAAUGAGCCAGCCCUAAUAAACAGCCCGCAUAUAGAACUGAACAACAAAGAAAAGGCUGUGCUAACGUUGCAGUGUGCUUUCCGUCGCAUCCUGGCAUGUAGAGCAAGGGAGAAGCGCCUUAGGGAGCAGAGAGAAUACACAGAGUUAAUGGAGCGCCUCCAGAGAGAGGCCUUCAUUGCAAUGGUGAAGAAGGAGCAGGAAGAAGCUGAACGGGAGAGACAGAAAGAGGAAGAAAAAAGGAAGAAGCAGCAAGAAAUACAACAAAGGAAGAAACGGAUGCUGGAGGCGGCAUUUGAUGGGGAUGUGGAAGAGAUGAAGGCUGUGCUAAAGGAAGUGUCAGAUUUGGAUACUAAGAAUGGUGUGGGUACCGAUGAAAAAGGGAAGGCCACGCGUCUCUGUAAUCACAUCAACAUGGUGGAGUGCACUGACUCCAAUGGGAACACGCCCCUUUCAGAGGCAGCAGGAGGUGGCCACCCCAAUGCUGUCAAGCUGCUGAUAGAAAAUGGAGCCAAUCCCAACUGCAAGGGGGCUUUUGGCAGGACCCCUCUUUAUCGUGCUGCUUUUGGUGGUCACAUGGCCGCCGUGGAGACACUUCUUCAAUAUGGAGCAGACCCCAGACUUUAUGCUGAUGAUGGCAACACGCCUGAACAAAUUGCUUCUUUGGAUAGCUUGGUUGCCAUUCUGCAGUCCUGGGACAUCAGCCUGACUGAGUUGAUGCUACAGAAGAUGGAGGCAGAACAGCAAAGAAGAGCCUUGCUGGAAAAGAAGCAGAAAGAAGCUGAGACUCACCGAAUGAACGAGGAGGUGGAGCAGCUGUCUAAAGUGCAGGAGAGAUGUAACAAGGAGCUGCAGCAGGCCUACUGUGAACUGAACAGGAGAAUCACAGAGCAUGACAAGUGUCAGAGAAAGCAGAUGGUCAAUGCAGAGCUGACCCUGCAGGCAAUUGGUGAUGCAGAGAAGUUGGUGGAGACUCUACGUCUGGCUGCUGAGAAAGCAGAGGAGAAACUGUCCCUGGCCAGGCUCAGGUUGCGAGAACAGACUCAGGAAGGGGUGGGGAAUGAAUUCCAAGGGCUGAAGUGCUCCGUACAGGAGCUUGAUGAUGUGCUAUUGAAGGAUGUGGGAGGCAAAAUCCAUUCAGAUGGACGAUGGCCAUUAAUCAUUGAUCCAUCUGGACAGGCUGCAACUUUCCUGCGGUAUCGAGACACAAAUUACUUAAACACACUGAACCCAAAUGAUAUGAACAUGGAGACCAUUCGAUUGGCCUUGCUGGGGGGCCCUCCGGUAGGUGGCAGAGCACCAGGAAUGGGAGGGCAGGAUGGCAGGCAUGGACACAGCAUAGGUUGGUGUUCCUGAUGAUCUAAGAGUGCACAUAUGAGUGAGCUGGAGGAAUAAAACAAUUAGCUGGUAGUGUAGUGCAUGUGGCUGUGAGGGAGUAAGUUGCUUUUUGAUACCCUCUGCCUGGGGAAGUAGCUGCACUACCUUCACAGUUAGUAUUUCUGGUCGUCUUUCACAAAAGGGAAUGCUGGCUGAGUGAGGGGCCUUUUCUCCCCAGUCCCCUUUCCACAUUGUGCUAAAGGGAAGGCUGUCCAUACAUGUAAUACUUGAGACCCAUCAUUAUCGAGAGAGAGAGAGAUUUGUUUUGUCUAUCUUUUGUAUUAAGGACCUUGGACUGUCCUGUAGUA